AUGGAUAGAAAAGCAAUAGGUAUCGAUUUGGGUAUGGUAUAUUCAAGUGUUGCUGUAUUUCAACAUGGUAAAAUAGAAGUCAUUCCUAAUAAACAAUCUAAUCGAAAAACACCAUCAUACUUUGCAUUUACCAAUAAUGAACGUUUAAUCGGUGAUGCAGCUAAAAAUCAAGCAGCAUUGAACCCAACUAAUACAAUAUUUGAUGCUCAACGACUUCUUGGUCAUAAAUUUGAUGAUCCAACUGUACAAUUUCAAGUUGAAUAUAAACGUAAAAUAAAAUGCUUCACACCUGAAGAAAUAAUCUCAAUGAUAUUAACGAGAAUGAAAGAUAUAGCAGAAGCUUAUCUUGCAAUAAAAGAUGCUUGUGUUUUUGUUGGUCUGAAUGGAUUAUAUAUAAUAAGUGGAUCAACAGCUGCUGGGCUUGGUUAUGGCUUUGAUAAAAAAUUUCCGAUUGCAAGAAACAUAUUUGUUUUUGAUUUGGGUGGUGGUCAUUUUAAUGUAUCAAUUUUAGCAAUUGAAGAAGGUGUCUUCGAAGUUAAAUCAACCGCCGGUGAUAUAUAUUUGAGUGGAGAAGAUUUUGAUAAAAGAAUGGUUGCACAUUUUGUUCAAGAAUUUAUAAAACUUAAUGAUAGUUUAUUUUAUUCAACACUUGAAACAGUUGAACGGGCUUUAAGGGAUGCUAGAAUGGAUAAAACUAGCAUCCAUGAAAUUCUUUUUAUCGGUGGUUCAACACGUAUUCCACAAAUACAAAAACUUUUACAAGAUUUCUUCAAUGGAAAAGAAUUAAUGAAAGUAAUCAGUUCAGAUGAAGCAGCCGUUUAUGGUGCUGCUGUUCAAGCCGCUAUUCAGGCCGGUGAUAAAUCAGAAGAAAUUAAAGAUUUAUUAUUACUAGAUGUUACACCAAUUUCAUUGUAUAAAAAAGAAGAGAAAAUACAAUGCGAUCGUAUUGAAGCUAAGAAUUUACUUGAAUCAUAUUGUUUUAAUAUGAUGGAAAAAAUUAAUGAUACAAAAUCGGAUGAUAAAAUUAAUAUUAAUGUCAAGAAAACGAUCGAUGCUAUUGAAAAUAUAUUGUAUGCUACAAAAGAAGAAUUUGAAUGUAAAUUAAGAGAACUUGAAACAAUAUGUUCACUAGCAAUGAUGAAAAUUUACCAUACUGAAGACAGGACUGAAAAAAUUUCAAAGGCAUUAUCCGACGAUAUAACAGGUGAGUAA